UUAAUACAGUAAAUAGGGCCCUGUACGGUUUAACGUCAGCCUCAGUUUGUUACAUUUAAAAAGGACUACAGACACUUAAACAGUAUGUAAUGGGAUAACUACAGAUUUGUAUUAUAUUUGCAACACUUAAAAGGGAAUGAUAGGAGAAUGUUUGCUUCUUUACAGAAAACUAACACAGGAAAAGUAUGAGCGUUGUGAAAAGGAGCAGAAACUAUCUGAAGUCGAUAGCAAGGCUGUGCAAGCACGAGAGGAAUUAAAGAUUUACAAGCAAAGAAUUCAAGAAGUCAGGGAGGAAUUACAAAAAACAGACCGCUUUUAUAAAAUUCAGAUUGCAUCUCAUGAAAAGAAAGCACAUGAAAACUGGCUUAAUGCACGAGCUGCUGAAAGGACUUUAGUGGAAGAGAAGAGAGAAACUUCAAACCUAAGACAAAAGUGAGUUGCAUCCAAAUUGAAUUUUGGGAAU